CUGGAGUGAUAAUUGAAAUGUGUAACGUAACGUUUUUCAAUUCUAAUUACAUGUCCUUAGAUCAGCCGGCUAGAGGUUGCUCUUACUUUUUCCACCGUUGGAUAAAAAAGUUAACAGCGGAAAGACCUGGAAAGCUCUGGAAUUUUCGCUCUGGUGUUAAACCAGUCGUGAACUGAAGAAGAACUACUUCGAGACUUCGCUUUUCUUUUUCUUCAAAUAGUUUGGCUUUGAUCUCAAUUUGAGGCGCCGACGAAACGCCAGGCUUCAAGGUUUGAGAUUUGUUGUGAUGGGCAGCUGCUCCAAGUACAUUGAUAGUAUAAUUUAACUGAAUUAUCAUUUAGGGUUGUAUUGGUUAUAAAUUACGAAUAUUAUCCCACAGAGGCCUCUUCUAGACAAACUAUCAGACUCUUCUUUGGUUUUUGUUCAACUGUUGAAAUUCACUGUGACAUUCCUUGCUCGAAAGAUCGACAAUGUUUGGAGUUGUUUUCCCAAACCGGAGCUUCCCUAUGGACAUCUCUACCUUCUCCCAAAUCGACACAUUCCAUUGGAUACUUGACAUGAACACUUUCGUAGGCGAGGCAUACGAUCAAGUCCGAGAAAUCUGCAUAUUCCUUUUAAACAACUUUACUCUACCCCCUGAUAAAGCUUUAGCUGUCUACAUUCAGUCACCUGGGUCACCAUUUUUAUUUUGUGGUGCUGUUACUUUAGCUCGCCCUUCAGCCGUGCUGUCACUUCCAUGGCCUGAGCCUGGGGGACAGAUGCAGCUGACCGCACCAGAUUCCACCCCACUAUCUGCGAAAAUUGGGGUUUCUGUUGAAGAUUUAGCGUCACUGCCAUCAUUGGAUGUGGUGGCUGAGAAGAGGAUUGAACGGCUGGCUAUGAAAGUCGGGGAGAACUUGUUUAACUUUAUGCAGUCCUUUUGUGGUGUUGAUGGCUCCAAAUUGAUUGUUCCUAUGGACAUUUUGGACCGCUGGUUUAAGAAGUUUCAAGAAAAGGCUAAGCGCGAUCCUGAGUACCUAAAAGGUUUUGUACUGUAAUCUCACCUUCUGCUUUUUACUUGUUUGGAGGUAUAAUUUAAGGUAAUGCAUUCUGAUAUCAAGGA